AUGCAAUUAGGGGCUGGCGACUGGGACUGGGACUGGGACUGGGACUGGGACUGGGAGUCUGGGAGUCUGGCAGACUUGGGAGCGUCAGGAACCGGCGGAGCCAGAGGACGAGAGGCACCGCUUGUGGGGAAAGGAGGCAGUGGACGGGACGGCAAGACCGCUGCAAAAGCUCGCAGUCUGGGAUCCCGAAUCGAGCACGAAUGUCCAUUUAAUCUCGACUGA